AUGAUACAGGAUUCAGGAGCUGAUGAAAUCAUAGGUUCUUCGCUGAAAGAUCGUCUCGAAUAUGCGUUGCUGCCAAAUGGAAUCCGUCAGCAAGAGCAGUUUCUCCCAGCCGGUUCCCUCGCGUCAAUUUGUACCGAAUUGACCGUUUUUAUUGAGCUUUCUAGAUACUUCGACAGGGAUGAGGCUAGGCAAGUCACAUCAUAUAUAUGUGAUCGAACAAAGCCCGCCAAAAAGAUAUUUGCCGCUUUAGUACUCAUAGGUCGCAUCGAGUUAAUCAAGCCCUUCCAAAAUGCGACGUUUUUCGACGAAGACUUGCCACUCACAGAUAAUAUUGAAGAGUCGGAAUUGCGAUCUCGCUGGCCAGGCGAUCAGCGAUCCGUCUUGCUUACCAGAAGCCUCCGAGACAUCAAGGCGAUACGCGACUUUAGCCUCAAACAGUGGUGUGUGAACAUCCCCUUUUUUGAGAGGGACUUCAAUCAGAUCUAUGGGGAUCUAGUGUUUGAUUCGGAUACCAUUAUGCCGUGGGAAUCUGCUGGGCAAAACAUCAUUACUGGAGGGUAUGGAUAUGUUCAAAAGGUCAAGAUUCACAAAGACCACCAUUCUUUCGAGACAAAACACAAAAGUUUCGCAUUAAAGACUAUUCUGCCAGCAAAAGAAAAAACUCGAAAUGCCUUCAAGCAGGAGUUGAUGGCCUUUCGUAAGGUCCGUCCCAUGCCAAAUUUGGUUGAGCUUGUGUCUGCAUUCGAGAUAUCAGGAAAGGAUACGUUUAUGCUCUUAUUCCCCUGGGCUGAAGGGGGCAGCAUGGAUGACAUGAUGGAUCGGCCGUCGAAGGAUCUCUUCCGAGCCCAGAAGCAGUCGCCAAGAGACUUUGUUCAGUGGAUCAUAGCCCAAUGCCGUGGCUUGGUAGAAGCUCUUGGGGAGAUUCACCAGGCCAAUAUCGCUAUUGGGUCUGAGGACGGGGACUCCAGUGGCCAAGUUAAGAACUUCGGGAUACACCUUGAUAUCAAACCAGGCAACAUCCUUUAUUACUGCCAAACGACUGCCUACCACGCACUUGGUGUUCUUAAAAUUGCAGAUUUUGGCCUCGCCGAGUUUCAUAGUACAUCUUCGAAAACGCGGAAGAGCCGCGGUUCUGCCUACAUGUGCUCGCAACAAUAUCGCUCACCUGAGCACGAUAUCGGUUACAUCAUAUCAAAAAAGGUCGAUAUCUGGGCACUGGGUUGUAUAUUCUCCGAGUUGCUCACGUGGAUGCUUCUUGAAUAUAAAGGGUGUGAGGAAUUUCGUCAAGCGAGAGAGCAAGAUGUCUUAUUCUCAGGAGACUGGAACGACGUCCAGGAUGGCGAAAACGAUGUCGAGGAUAACUUUUUCCAGAGACAUAUUGAGAUGAAGAGUGCGAAAACUUUUCAUCGGCUCCUCCGAGCCCAUCCGAAGUUUGGAUACGUUAAGCAAACCCGGGCUGUAAGAAAGGAGAAAACAAGCUUGGAUUAG